ACUCUGUAUCGGCUGAGAUCGGCUUCUCUGUGUACCCUCUGGGUGAUGAGGAAGAGGGUUGUGUCUACCGCCGUCUCAAUAUGGAGGGCGACGCAGACGACCCCCGCACCGCCACCGAGAGCUGCAGGGACCAGGGAGACGGUCCAGCCUCCCAGCCCGACCUCGAGGCCCCCUUCCCCCCCUACCUGUCCUGCCGGGGCUGUGGCCUGGACCUGGUGGGACCCUACUGCCACCGGUGCUGCAAGGGAGGAGGAGUUGGGGGGGAAUUCAGCGCCGCGUUUGGCGGCUUUCGCUCCGGUUCGCGGUCACAAGCGGACGAUAGCGAGGAAGGAGGGGACGACAACUCGAUGAUGGGUGACGACGGCCCGUCGUCCAAGCUCCACUCCUGCCAGCUGUGUGGGUUCUCCUCCCGCUACGCCAACCACGUCAAGAGGCACAUGAAGACUCACAACGGGGAGAAGCCGUACCACUGCCCCCUGUGUACCUACGCCUCAGCCCAGCUGGUCAACCUGCAGAGACACCUGAGGAUUCACACUGGGGAGAAACCAUACAGGUGUGACUCCUGCUCCUUCGCCUGCAGUUCCCUAGGCAACCUGAAGAGGCAUCAGAGGAUGCAUGUGGCUGGACAGGAAGCAGUUAGACCUGCCUGCGGACCUUCUAUUGGUCCCUCUGCCGGUGGCCAUCCUGCUAUUGGUCCCUCUGCCGGUGGCCAUCCUGCUAUUGGUCCCUCUGCCGUUGGCCCUCCUCUUAUUGGUCCUCCUGCUAGUGGGCAUGGUCUUAAGAGGAAGGAGGAGCCCAGUGCUUCAGCUGAAGGUAUUUUUCAACUACACUGAACAAAAAUAUAAAAGCAACAUGCAACAAUUUCAAAUAUUUUACUGAGUUACAGUUCAUAUAAGGAAAUCAGUCAAUUGAAAUAAAUUAAUUAGGCCCUAAUCUAUGGAUUUCACAUGACUGGGAAUACAGAUAUGCAUCUGUUGGUCACAGAUACUUUUUUUUUUUUUUUUAAGGUAGGGGAGUGGAUCAGAAAACCAGUCAGUAUCUGGUGUGACCACCGUUUGACUCAUGCAGCGCGACACAUCUCCUUCGCAUAGAGUUGAUCAGGCUGUUGAUUGUGGAAUGUUGUCCCACUCCUCUUCAAUGGCUGUGCGAAGUUGCUGGAUAUUGGCCAGAACUGGAACAUGCAGUUGUCCACGUCGGUCCAGAGCAUCCCAAACAUGCUCAAUGGGUGACAUGUCUGGUGAGUAUGCAGGCCAUGGAAGAACUGGGACAUUUUCAGCAUCCAGGAAUUGUGUACAGAUCCUUGCGACAUGGGGCCGUGCGUUAUCAUGCUGAAACAUGAGGUGAUGGCGGCGGAUGAAUGGCACGACAAUGGGCCUCAGGAUCUCGUCACGGUAUCUCUGUGCGUUGAAAUUGCCAUCGAUAAAAUGCAAUUGUGUUCGUUGUCCGUAGCUUAUGCCUGCCCAUACCAUAACCCCACCGCCACCAUGGGGCACUCUGUUCACAUCAGCAAACUGCUCACCCCCACGACGCCAUACACGCUGUCUGCCAUUUGCCCGGUACAGUUAAAACCGGGAUUCAUCCAUGAAGAGCACACUUCUCCAACGUGCCAGUGGCCAUGGAAGGUGAGCAUUUGCCCACUGAAGUCGGUUUCGACGCCGAACUGCAGUCAGGUCAAGACCCUGGUGAGGACGACGAGCACACAGAUGAGCUUCCCUGAGACGGUUUCUGACAGUUUGUGCAGAAAUUCUUCAGUUGUUUAAUCAGCUUCUUGAUAUGCCGCACCUGUCAGGUGGAUGGAUUAUCUUGGCAAAGGAGAAACACUCACUAACAGGGAUGUAAACAACUUUGUGCACAAAAUUUGAGAGAAAGAAGCUUUUUGUGCAUAUGGAACAUUUCAGGGAUUUUUUGUUUCCAGCUCAUGAAACAUGGGGAAAAUGUGAAUUAAAGAUUUAGGCCUGUAUCAGUUCUUAAAGACCAUUUGGAACUUUAAAGAUGUUUUCCCUCAUCAAUCUACACACAAUACCCCAUAAUAAAAAAGCAAAAACAGGUUUUUAGACAUUUUUGCAAGUGUAUUAAAAAUCAAAAAACGGAUAUAACAUUUACAUAAGUGUUCAGACCCUUUACUCAGUACUUUGUUGAAGCACCUUUGGCAGCGAUUACAGCCUUGAGUCUUCUUGGGUAUGACGCUACAAGCUUGGCACACCUGUAUUUGUGGAGUUUCUCCCAUUCUUCUCUGCAGAUCCUCUCAAGCUCUGUCAGGUUGGAUGGGGAGCGUCGCUGCACAGCUAUUGUCAGGUCUCUCCAGAGAUGUUAGAUCAGGUUCAAGUCUGGGCUCUGGCUGGGCCACUCAAGGACAUUCAGAGACUUGUCCCGAAGCCACUCCUGAGCGCUCUGGAGCAGGGAUCUCUCUGUACUUUGCUCUGUUCAUCUUUCCCUCAAUCCUGACUAGUCUCCCAGUCCCUGCCGCUGAAAAAUAUCCCCACAGCAUGAUGCUGCCAGCACAAUGCUUCACCGUAGGGAUGGUGCCAGGUUUUCUCCAGACGUGAUGCUUGGCAUUCAGGCAAAAGAGUUCCAUCUUGGUUUCAUCAGACCAGAGAAUCUUGUUUCUCUUGGUCUGACAGUCCUUUAGAUGUCUUUUGGCAAACUCCAAGCGGGCUGUCAUGUUCCUUUUACUGAGGAGUGGCUUCCUUCUGGCCGCUCUACCAUAAAGGCCUGAUUGGUGGAGUGCUGCAGAGAUGGUUGUCCUUCUGGAAAGUUCUCUCAUCUCCACAGAGGAACUCUGGAGCUCUGUCAGAGUGACCAUCGGGUUCUUGGUAACCUCCCUGACCAAGGCCUUCUCCCCCGAUUUCUCAGUUUGGCCGGGCGGCCAGCUCUAGGAAGAUUCUUGGUGGUUCCAAACUUCUUCCAUUUAAGAAAGAUGGAGGCCACUGUGUUCUUGGGGACCUUCAAUGCUGCAGAUAUGUUUUGGUAACCUUCCCCAGAUCUGUGCCUCGACACAAUGCUGUCUCGGAGCUCUACAGACAAUUCCUUAGACCUCAUGGCUUGAUUUUUGCUCUGACAUGCACUGUCAACUGUGGGACCUUUAUAUAGACAGGUGUGUGCUUUUCCAAAUCAUGUCCAAUCAAUUGAAUUUACCACAGGUGGACUCCAAGUUGUGGAAACAUCUCAAGGAUGAUCAAUGGAAACAGGAUGCACCUGAGCUCAAUUUCGUGUCUCAUAGCAAAGGGUCUGAAUACUUACGUAAAUAAGGUAUGUUUUUUAUUUUUAAAUGUGCAAAAAUGUCUAAACCUGUUUUCGCUUCGUCAUUAUGGGGUAUUGUGUGUAGAUUGAAUAUAUAUAUAUAUAUAUAUAUAUCUAUUUUUUUCUUUACAUAAUUUUAGAAAAAGGCUGUAACGUAACAAAAUGGAAAAAGUAAAAGUGUCUGAAUACUUUCCGAAUGCUCUGUGUGUGCGAUAACAGCUUUUUUUCAACUGAAUUGACUAAUUUUGCCCACCUCUGCUCUGAUUUCAGAAGCUGUGAGGCCUGAUCUAAACCUCCACAAUAGAGACUACCUGCCACGCUGCAGCCGACCAAGCAGACCACUGGAGCAACAGCUCUCUGACCACCAGCCCCCAAGACUUGAGGCCCCUGGCUGCGGGCCUGGACUUGGGGCUAGGGUCGGAGCUGGGACUAAGUCUGGGCCUGUGGUGGGAGUGAAGUCAGAGGACUCUCUCCCUCCUCUCCUCUUCCCCUUCACCUGUCGUCUCUGUGGUAUCCCCCUGGAGGACGAGGACGGUUCCACCGCCCAGAUCUGUGCCAAGUGCACCCUGGACAUGCUGACCAAGAACUCAUCCGGGCCCAACAGCCCCGGGGAGCGCGGGGAUAAGGUCUACACCUGCAGCGCCUGUCCCUUCCUCACCCACUACCCCAACCACCUGGCGCGACACAUGAAGACGCACAGCGGAGAGAAGCCCUACAAGUGCCCUCAGUGCGACUAUGCCUCCGCCCACUUCGACAACCUGAAACGCCACCACAGAGUCCACACGGGCGAGAAGCCCUACAAGUGCCACCUGUGUGACUACGCCUGUGGCAACCUGGCUAACUUAAAACGGCACCAGCGGGUCCACUCGGGCGCCAAGCCGUUCCAGUGCGAGGUGUGCAGCUACAGCUGUAACCAGAGCAUGAACCUGAAGAGACACAUGCUGAGACACACGGGCGAGAAGCCCUACAAAUGCCAGGAGUGUGGCUACACCACGGGACACUGGGACAACUACAAACGCCACCAGAAGAAACACGGCCUCGCCACCGACGGAUGGGUCAAAGUUCAGAUGGCGGGCGCCCACAAGGAAGAGGGGGGUGAGGAGGAAGAGGAGGAGGAGGAGGAGGAAGAAGAGAGGGUGGUGGGACAGCCGCAGAGGAAAGGAGGAGAGGUGAUGAUGCAGUACAUGUCCAGA